AUGGAAGAAAAUCGGAAAAGAAAACAAACAAAAGCUGGACCUUUACGAAUAUUAAUUAAUUCGUCUACUAAAUUCGACUAUUCAAUCUGGAACUUAUCGCAUCUUGAUGUUAAAAUUCUGAAGUUAAGAAAUUCGACUUACAACCCAUUGCAUAUUCUCUGUUUUGAGCAACUGUUGAAUGCUCCAAGUAUUUUAAAUUUGGCCGAAAUGUACAAGGUAAGCUUUCAAUAAUCAUUUCAAUUAAAACUGUCAAAACUGAAAAUUUCAGCCGAUGUCUGGUUGGCCAUUAACACCACAAGAAUAUGGUGAAAAACAACACAAACUGAAUAUCGCUUUUAUGAAUUCUGAUAGGAAUCUUCUGGAUCAAUCAAUAAAUACGUAGGUAUUUUUGAAGAAACUUAAAAAAACUUUUUUUUUUCAGAAAACACUGGAUGAAAUUCGACAUAAUGUUAUCAAUUGAAUAUCUGAAAACUUUCGAAUUUUUUCAAUGUUUGAAAUUGAGUGAUCGAAUAAUUCUUGCUAAACACGUUACAGUAAUUAUUCAAUCAAUGACUUUUUCAUUCACAUCAUUCGAGAACAAUUCAGACUGUUUCAGAACCCCAGAUGGAUAUUUCAUCGAUUUUAAAAACACGUGAGUUGUUUGACUCAUUCAGAAAUUGGUGGAAAAUUAUUUGAGAAAAACAAUCGCCCAUGUUUCGUUUCUGAAUUACGUCAUAUCUAAUUUUUUUCAGAAUCGACUUGUGUAAAAUAUUCACACGUGGAGAAGAGAAGUAAGUUUUGAGAAAAAACAAAUUCUUUAGAACUUUCAAAAAUUUCAGAAAAACUGUCUCAUGUGUUCGAAAUCAUCUGAAAUCGUCUCAAAAUGUCAUGGGAUUUCUAAUUCGCGAAAAACUCACAAAUACCGAAUAUAUUCUACUGAAAGCAAUUGCAAUUUGUGAUCCAAUAUUUGAUUUAUCCGAAGAAGGACGGAAAAUUGUUUGCGAAACACGUCAAAAUUAUUCAAAAACAUUAUUCAAAUAUUGCCAAAUUGUGAACGGAGUUCGAAAUGGUCCUUCAAGAUUUGUAAAACUUUUGAGUUAUAUCAAUUUACUUAUCCAACAUCAAAAAAGUUUACAAAAAUUUAUGACGAUUAUGAAAAUGUAUGCAGUUCAGAAAUCCCCAAAGACAAUUGAAGACUCAGUUUUAGGUAUUGAUAAUUAAUAUUGUUAAUAAAUUGCUUUGUUUUUUUUUCAAGAAAGGAAAGUUGCUCGUCGAAUUAAUGACUACCGUAAUUUAAAUGUUUCGGAUUUUUUCUCGAAGAUUACAUACAUAAGAUAAUCUGGAUUUGUACUAAAUCUCAAUAUAUUUGUUAGAUCAAACUCUGAUGUGUGGUUUGUACAAAUUAAAAGCAAGUAUCGUUUUUAUGAGAAGAAUCACUUAA